CUCUCACAUGUUAUGUGACGUUUUGCAAGAGAUUGCAAAAUUAUAAGGAAAUAAUAUUUCCGCCCACGGAUAAGGUUUGCUGUUAAACCUCGACUUAAAGCACUUGUUCUGAUAAAAUGGCAAGGAGUCCCCGCAGUGCCACCCAUUUGGUUCAUCAUCUGGAAGCCCACCAUUUCCUUAAACCGUCGGUGAUACCCCUGAAGACUGACGUUCCGCAGCUGGCCGAGUACCUGUGGGCGCAGACCACUGCAUAUCAGAAGGCUGCACUACAGUCCGGAUAUGUACAGGGACUGAAGAGCGUCGCCUUAAAUCCGGAAGGAUUUGGAGGUUACAUGGUACAAGACUCGGUGUUUUGCUUCAAGGCCCAAGGUAACAUCGACAUCGCCGUCACGAAUGCAACUGAUGCCAUUUUGAGAAAGUUUUUAGAAGCGAGAUCCGAAUCAUACAAAGCAUAUUAUCAGAGCCUGUUUGACACGUGGCACAUCGAAGACGCCUCGGGUAUCAAGUUAGGCACGGAAUGCACCGAGUACGUGAAUCACGAACAUAACGUGGCCACUACCAUGAACUCCAUCUAUUUCGUGGUUGCUAUGAUACCGUGUGCGAAGCUGUGGCCUUGGAUUGGACAGCAAAUCAACGCAAUCGGGGGUUCGUUUGGUGUCUACGAUGAAUGGGUCAAGGCGAAUUUUAACCCCGAUUCUUCCGGUGUUGAAAAGUACGAAAAACUGAUCAACACUGCCGAACAAGAUGGCCAUAUUGACAGAAAAAUAGCGCUCGAUGUGUACACCGCAAGUAUGAAGGGGGAGGCCGGUUUCUUUGGGUCAAUCAAAGUCAAAUAAGAAGAGACGAAAUGCGCCAGAAUGCAGUGACGUAGGACUUGAUAAUCCGUUUUUAUCGAGGACUAUAAAUAAAGACUUAGUUUCAACAAAACAUAAUUUGAUUACACAUGAACAAUCACUUUAUUUAUCCCUACGCUUUUUGAAAAGCGUGGGGAUAUUGUGGUUAUCUCCGCCGUCCGUCUGUCUGUCCAUCCGUCCGUCCUGGCCACUAUCUCCUCUUACACUAUUAACAUUAGAACCUUGAAACUUACACACAUGGUAGCUAUAAGCAUAUGUGCGACCCUGCACCAUUUGGAAUUUUGAUCUGACCCCUUGGUCAAAAGUUAUGGGGAUUGGGGUGGGGCCGCGUCAGAGAUUUUCACUCUUUUUUUUAUGUUAUUUUACAUUAACUUCUUCAUUUCUACACAGAUUUACUUCAAAUUGAUACUGAACAUCUCUUAUGACAAUACGGUCACUCUAAACUAUGCAUGGACCCAUCACCAACCCUGGAGCGUCCCCUGGGUCAAACGUGCGUGGGGAUACGCGUCGGCCUCUGCCGCGCCAUUUCUAGUUAUCCCCACGCUUUUUGAAAAGCGUGGGGAUAUUGUGGUUAUCUCCGCCGUCCGUCUGUCCGUCUGUCUGUCUGUCCGUCCUGGCCACUAUCUCCUCCUACACUAUAAGCACUAGAACCUUGAAACUUACACACCAACCCUGGGGCGCCCCGCCAAAAUAGGCCACACAAACCCGAAAUUGCCUUUUCUAUAAUUUCUUCAUUUCUACACCGAUUAACUUCUAAUUGAUACUGAACUAAUCUUAUGACAAUACGGUCAAUCUCAACUAUACAUAGCCCCAUUAUCAACCUUGGGGCGCCCCGCUCACAUAGGCCACACCCACCCAAAAUUGCCUUUUACUUAACUUCUUCAUUUCUACAUCGAUUCACUUCUAAUUGAUAUUGAACUUCUCUUAUGACAAUACGGUCAAUCUCAACUAUGCAUGGCCCCAUUACCAACCCUGGGGCGCCCCUGGGUCAAACAUGCGGCGUGAGAUACGCGUCGGUCCUGCCGCGCCAUUUCUAGUAUGACAUAGAGAAUAAUAGGUUAGUGUUGAUUAUAGAUCAGGUUUAUCAUGCGAGGCUUAGAAAACAAAAAGCACGAGCCUUGGCGAGUGCUUUUUCGUUUUCGUGCCGAGCAUGAUAAACCUGAUCUAUAAUCAACACUGACCUAUUAUUCUAUUUAUCCCACUUUUUAUUCAGUAAACUUUUUUUAUUUAAACAAAAUAAGUUUUCAUGAGUGUUUGUCGUACUUUGAUAAUGACUGUAGUGUAACCAAGGCGAGUGUAUUACUCCGCGUUCCAAAAAUAACCGCUGAUCAAAUAAUCUUUUUUUAAAUCAGAAUAUCGUUCUGUAACAAAGUGUCGAGGGUUAUUAAUUACAAGUUUAAUCAUAUUGAAUUGCAAAUCUUAAAGUUUUAUGAUAUCAAUAAGACAUUAAGUUGUUAUAUACAAGGAACUACAUUUGUUUACAACGUAGCCUAACACCACACACAAUUCACUUUCGAUAACAAACCAUCAAGUCGAUCACGAGGUGCACAAUAUUUGCUUCUUUGUUAUAAUAUUGGUUAUUUCGUGACGAAAUAACAAAGAUUACUUGGAUUUAAGCUAAUUAUAUACAUUUUGAAUGUUGAAAGUGGCACCAAAGAAUUGUGAGGCAAAGUUGUUCGAACUAGAGAAAGACAUUUGCUGGUGAAGUGACUGGGUGGGGCGAACAUCAAGAUCAACUUGUUCGACGGUAGACAGUGGUUGUCUAGGCUGCAUUUCGGCCAUAGUUUCGGUGCAUGAAGGUGAACAAGAGGAAUCUGUUGGAUUGUUACAUUUACUGGACUGAGCAAGAAUGAACACUUUUGCUGCUGUUCAACAGAUAUGUUGGAAUAAUUGGUAAUGGACUGGACAUUUUUUGCCCUGUUAUGGCCAUGGUUUCAGUGGGUGGAAUGUUUGCAUUUCGAAGUUUUUUGACCAGGAAUUUGCGAACUGAGUGGUUCGUUAUUCUCUUGUGCUUGAGAAAGCCGGCGUCUUUUGCCAUGGCCUUCAGCAUCUGACCUAGCUUGUUGACACCCAAUUGUUGACGCAAGAACCACUGGGAUGCAGUGUCAUUUGUGCGUAUUGCCAGGUUGGAAAGAUGCUUUGAAGAAAAAUCAGAUGGACACAUAUCCGAGUACAGCUUGUAAAUUAACACAGGAUUUCUUGGUCCAGACGAUUGUUUUCUACGGUCAAAGGGGAGCAACUCGAACUGACUUCUUCAAAGGGGAGCUACAACAACAGAACCUAUUUGCAUAGUGUUAAAUUUACCUAAUACUAGAGGUUUUAAUAAAAAUAAAUGACAAAAAAAACACGUUUUUUUGCUACUUUUCUUUGUUUUAAGGUCAUUAAGAUUGACAAACUUUUGAGUGUUUUUAUUAUUGAUGCACUUGGCAAAUACAGGUGACGAGGUGCGUGGAAAAAAGUAGUCCCGGUUCGGCAGUUGAUGACGUCAUUUCGUGCCAUUGAUUAUAGCCUUGCCGUUGAUUACAGAUGAAAUUUAAUCAACGGGGCUUUAAUCAACCGAAUUCGCUGUAAAAGUGGGAUAAAAUACGGUAAAUCUCAACUAUGCAUGGCCCCAUGACCAUUCCUGGGGCGCCCUCACCCACAUAGACCACGCCCACGCCAAAUUGCCUUCUACUAUAAAUUCUUCAUUUCUACGCCGAUUUACUUCAAAUUGAUACUGAACAUAUCUUAUGACAAUACAGUCAAUCUCAACUUUGCAUGACCCCAUUAUCAACCCUGGGGCGCCCCCUGGGUCAAACAUGGGGCGUGGGGAUACGCGUCGGCCUCUGCCGCGCCAUUUCUAGUUUGAUUUGUUUUAAUAAAUAACAUUUGUAUGAUAAGUGAUUAUUGCAGAAAUACCAUACAUCUGGUAAUGGUUGACCAUAAUAGAUAUUUAUAUAAAUAUUGUUUUACCUCACAUGUAAUCAUAUAUUCAUACAUCGAAACGUUUAACCAUGUUAUUUUAAUCAAUUAAAUAAGAUGAUAAAUAUAAUAUUGAAGGAAUAAAAAUAAUACAAUUUAACUCACAUUCGCAUCUGAUUUAAGUAGUACUAGUGGAAUACCGCGUUAUAUGUAUUCUUAAUGUGUCAGCAAAGUUGCAUUUAUCCACAAUAUAUAGCAUUAUGUCAUCAGAUACAAAACAUGGUUAAAUACAGAAAUAAAAAAGAUAUUAAGUUAAAAUAAUACAAAAAGUCAUUUGAUAUAAUUAUACACGACUAAGCUCAAAACAGUAAGGCGAAUAGUGUGAUAUUUCGGUAUUUACUAACUUUAUGAGUUUAAACAUGCUAAGUAUGACUCUGUUAUAAGUUAUCAUGAUUUGUUUUCUAAUUUCUGAAGAAUUUGCCAAAUCUCAACAGGCAGUGGAAUCAUUUUCAAUUUUAUUGCUGUCUCAUAAUUGACAGGGCAGCAAUUUGUUUCUAUUCGAGCAUUUAUAUCAGUUUGAAAUCUCAGCUUAUGUCCACAAAUACGUAAUUUCGUAAUCGCUCUUCUCAAUGUUCUAAAUAACAUCUUCUCUAUGAUUCAAACGAAAUUGUUGUUUUUUUUGCUUUCCAUACGAUUUGUACAAUAUCAUCUUUAACAUCUCGCUUACGCUUUUGUGAGCAUUCAUCGUUAAUCCUUUAUUUAAACAAAUAACUAACCUCAUUCAUUUGUGAGAUUUUACAAAACACAAAAGUAAGUCUAUAUCUCGAUGGAAUGUAUCUUAUCUUUCCAAACCAGUUCAAUUUAAAAAUUAUUUAAGUAGAUCAGACCAUCUUCUAAUAAAGAUAGUACUACACUUGUAAAUAUAUAACGACUUUAUAGGCGGUUGAUUUUCUGACACCAAGAACAGUUAUAUACAUUUUUAGGUGCAUUUUUCAAACUCGUUACGAUCAGAGAAACCCGAUACUUUUGGAACGAGUACGUAAUGGUUGAGGACACAAAGGGCUAAUAUAAAUUAAAAGCUACCUUACAAGUUGGAUAACAAUAUGAUAAGCUGAGUACUUAUGCUACUAAUUCGAAUAGUAACUUAAUAACGCGAUGCCUCUAUGGUUACUAGCAUCUGAUUCAUCCCCCUUCUUAUGUAUCGGGAUCAUAAUUCCUUUAGUUAAAACUAAGGGAAACUUGCCCAAGUUUAGAAUCAUAUUAAAAUCGCUGCAUGUACUAAAAUACUACUAAAAAUCGUUGCAUGUGGAUAAAAUACUAUUAAAAAUUGUUGUGAUAGUGCCAACCAAAAUUAAAAAUUCAUUAAGAAGUUUGUUUACACUAGGAGGUUACUUCAUUACAUACUGUUGUUCGGUAAACAAGAUCCCCAAAAACGUUUUGGAAAUUUUCAAAUUCAUGGUUUGGAUUAAAUUCUUCCUCAUAAGCAUUAUAAAUAUGUUUUUCAUAUAAAAAAAAAUGUCAAAAUGAUUUUUUAAAUCAGUGAUAUUCAUGAUAAAAUACCUUAGGAAUUGUUGCACGAAUGUCCUCUCCUCUGUUAAGAGAGUUUUGGAACAUAUAUAGUGUAAUAAAACAAUGGAACUUU